GGUUUGCUUGUAACAAAAUACUCUUCUUCUUCUCUCUCUUCAUUUCAUCAUCGUCGUCGUCGUCGUCGAUGUCGUCGUCGAUGGAGGAAGGAAAUCAGAGCAGUUCAUCUCAUUUAUUCAAUCUCCACAGGAAGAUGGAGUUGCAGGAGUUUCCAGACAAGUUCGUGAUCCGAUCCGUUGAUUCCGAAUCCCAGCGGCUCCAGGCCCUCUCCAUUGACCGCUCUGAUGGGAUUAUAACUCCAUACCAGUUCGGUAAUUCUUGUUUUGGAACUCCUAACAAGGUUUCUACAAUUUUUGGGGUGGUUGGAACUAUUAGAUUAUUGGCUGGGACAUAUGUACUUGUAAUAACUUCUCAGAAGGAAGUUGGCGCCUAUCUUGGUUUCCCAGUUUUCCGUGUAAUGUCUAUGAAGUUCCUGUCAUGCAAUGAGGCUUUGAAGCUUUCAACACCUCAAGAAAAAAGAGACGAGGCUUACUUUUUGAGUCUGUUGAGAACUGUAGAAUCAACUCCAGGGUUGUAUUAUUCAUAUGAAGUAGACCUUACACUGAACUUACAGAGAACAUGCAAGUUAGCUGAAGGUCGGAUGAGCAAACCGCUGUGGAAGCAGGCCGAUCCACGCUUUGUUUGGAAUAGGAAUUUGCUGGAAGAAUUAAUUGAGUGCAAGCUUGAUGCGUUCAUCAUUCCGUUGAUACAAGGAAGCUUUCAGACUGUAGAGUUCAUGCUUAAAGAUUCACCUGCCAAGAUUACUUUAAUCUCAAGGAGGUGCAUGCGGCGCCUAGGAACCAGAAUGUGGAGAAGAGGGGCUAAUCUUGAAGGAGACACUGCUAAUUUUAUCGAGACAGAACAGUUGCUGGAGUUUCAAGGCUAUAGAUCCUCAUUUUUGCAGAUUCGAGGUUCAAUUCCAAUUCUCUGGGAGCAAAUUGUGGAUUUGAGCUAUAAACCCCAACUUAAAAUAAUUAAUCAUGAAGAAACGCCAAAAGUCGUGGAACGCCAUUUCCAUGAUCUUACACAAAGAUAUGGAGAGAUCAUGGCAGUUGAUCUAACUGAUAAACAUGGUGAUGAAGGUCAGUUAAGUAGCGCAUAUGCUGCAGAAAUGCAAAAUCUACCACAUGUGAGAUAUGUGUCUUUCGACUUCCAUCACUGUUGUAGAAAUGCAAAUUUUGACAACUUGAAUCUUCUCUAUGAUCAAAUUUCUGAUGACAUCAAGAAGCAAGGAUAUUUUCUUAUAAACUCAGAAAGAGAAAUACUACUGGAGCAGAAGGGAGUUGUUAGAGUUAACUGCAUUGACUGCCUGGACCGGACAAAUGUUACCCAGGUGCAUAUGGAUUAUUGCAUUCUGGACCUUAGGGUGAAGCAUGUUACCCUGCUUUCGCAGAGUGAUCUGGGUCGGAAAUCACUAAACACACAACUGCAAAGGAUGGAAGCAUUUUCUCCAAGCGAGAGCAUAUCUUCACAUCCUGAUAUUGACGAAAAGUUCAAGAUAUUAUGGGUUGAGCAAGGUGACGAGAUAAGCCUAGAAUAUUCUGGUACGCAUGCCCUGAAAGGAGACCUCGUCAGAUAUGGAAGACAGACUGUAUCGGGGCUGAUUAAAGAUGGGAUGAGUGCUCUUUCACGGUAUUAUUUGAAUAAUUUUCACGAUGGCAUUCGACAGGAUGCAAUGGAUCUCAUCAGUGGUCGCUAUACUGCCAAUAGAAAUAGUCCUUCCCCAUUCCAGCUGAAUGGAUUUGAAUCAUUUUCUUAUCUCCCGGUCGCGUCAACUUUAAUAAUUGGGGGUCUUACACUAACAACAUUCACAUUUAACCAAGCCGGGCGGCAUGCACAUCAUUUCGUUUCUUCUGUGUUCUGGGCGGGUUUGACAGCUGGCGUAAUGGCCUUGGUGAAAGCCAAUGGGAGGCAGUUCUGUUCCAGGCCGCGGUUGUGUAGCCUUCUUUGAAUUGCAUUUUUUACUUGGAAAUCUGUAAAUUGGUUUUUGGAAGUGGCGAAUGUUGUUACUGUGACAUUGAUUUGUAUAAAUGUUUGGAAAAAAAAAUGUAAAUUAUUUGAAUCCAUUGGUGGGGCUCGAGGGUUAGAAUAAUAGGUGAGAUGUCACACUACUGGUGGGGCAGCAACCAGACCAAGGAGCAUCUAUGGUGCACGCACUACAGCUGGCCCAUGCUAAAGGAAAAUCUUCAACCAAAAUACUGACAUGUCGCCUCUUGAAAUGCAGCAUUAGAAAGAUGAUCUUGUCUGUUGAUUCUUAUGCCAUCAGAUGCAUGGUAAAGCAGGAAUGGUUGAGAUUUUAUUUUUUAUUUUUAAUUAAUUUGAGGGCUUGUUUGGGAGAUUGGAA